AUGAGUCUCAAUUGCCUCACAUGCCAAGCCCAGAGAAGGGUAGAUUUAGACUUGGACUAUGGCUGUGUUGAUCACGAAGAGCCUCGCCAUUUGUGUUGUGUCAUGGUAGAUAGGAACUGGUCAGGCCCUUUGGCCUCACCAUCCUAUGAGAAGAAGAUAUCUAGAAGUGGGCUUCUCGGGCCUCGCACGAAGAAGGCGAAAAAGGGCCAACGCCGGCUGUGGGGCACCGGGGCCUCCUCCUUUGGGGACAAGCCGAUGGCCGGCUCGGGGGAGGCGAGGCUGGUGCGGAGCAGCGGGAUGAGGAGGGAUUGGAGCUUCGAGGAUUUGAGAAAGAGGAGGGAUGAGAAGAGCAAAAGCAGGAGAUGA